GCAGCUCUUGGCCGGCCAUGCUGCGAGGGCUGGCGGCAGCGCGGAGGGUCCUGCUGCCCGUGAGGCGCCCGGGGAGCGGCGGCCCGGGGGCGCCAUGGAGUCCGCCCUCUCGCGGGAGCCGCUGGCGGCUGGGCCCCGUGGGGCUGGGGCUGGCCCUGACGGCGGCGGCGGCGGCGGCGGCUGUGGGGAGCGAGGAAGAGCGGGAGGGCCCUCGGGCGGAGAAGGGCUUCGCCCGGGCCGUGGCCAGCAGCAGGGACCUGCUCCAGCGCCUGAAGGUGGGAAGGCGGGGAGGCGCCGAGGGCCAAAGUUUAUUCCGCCGCCGCCGUUUUGUUCUAAAGGACCGAACGGCAAAGUUCUGAAUUUACAUAGCAUAAACUAUGAUAAAAAUUGAGUCCCCUGUCUGCAUGGGAUGCCUUAAGUGUGCAGUACAAGUCUAUAGAAUUAUAGAGUUGGAAGGGAACCCAAGGGUCAUCUAGUCCAGCCCCCUGCAAUGCAGGAAUCACAGCAAAAGAAUCUGACAGAUGGGCAUCCAACCUCUGUUUAAAAACCUCCAAUAAAGGAGAAUCCACUACCUUCUGAGGUAGUCCAUUCCACUGUUGAACAGCUCUUACAGUUAUAAAGUUCUUCCUAUGGUUUAGUCAUAAUCUCCUUUCUUGGCAUUUUAAUCCAUUGGUUCAGGUUCCUGCUCUCUGGAGCAGCAGAAAACAAGCUUGCUCCAUCUUCCAGCCUUUGAGAUAUUAGAAGAUGGCUGUCAGAUCCCAUCUCCCUCAACCUUUCCUCAUAAGGCUUGGUUUCCACAGCUUUUAUCAUCUUGGUCACCCUCCUCUGCACAUGUUCCAGCUUGUCAAUAUCCUUAAAUUGUGACCAAGACAGAAUAGAGCAUCCUCAUAAGAAUCUUCUGCUCACUUUGCAUCCUCCAAACUCUGAUUAGUCUAUUUCUAGACCACCCUUAAUAUGAAGAUUGCAGGGUUGUUUACAGCAUACUAUAAACCCCUUGCAAUAAAAAUAAAUAAAUCUUUAAAAUCAUAUUGACGUUAAACUAAACUAGCACCAGAGAAACGUCCUCAAGACUCUGAAGCAUAUGCAGCACUGGCGCCUCCAAAGGCCUGAGUAAAUAUAUCUGAUUACUAACCCAGAGAAUAAGAUUGUGAUCCAGUUAGCAAAAUUUUGGCUUGGGGAAGGAGGAAGAGGGUGGUUUCUUCUCCACCUCCAUUGAUGUGGGCAAGGGUAUGUGGCUUUAAUGGAAUGAAAUGAGAUUUAAAUGGUUGUGGGGGGUUUUAAGACACACUCUUAGGAUUGGCGCAUCAGAAGGAUUAAGAGAAUUCAGAAAGUUAAAGUUGUAUUUUAUUCCAAUAGGAUGAAGUGGGAGCACCUGGAAUAGUAGCUGGAGUUUCUGUAGAUGGCAAAGAAAUUUGGUUAGAAGGUAAGUGAGGAUUAGUGUGUUUUUAUUCUUUGUCAAAGACUUCUUGUAUGCAGGGGCAGGGGUUGUCUUUAUAUUAAAAAAAAAAUUACAUUUAAGAUUAUCAUUCAUUAAUAUAAUUUCUAUAGCUCUUUUGAGGAUGCAGGGGGGGAGGAAAGCUAUCCAAAUACAAAAUUUGAGGAGAAACAUAAGUUUGUGAUGUAAGUCAGUAAGUCACAAAUACAGGUUUGUGAUGUAUAAGUCAGUAAUGUUCACAGGAUGGCUGGCUGGCUAGCCAGCUUCCUCAUUCCUCUGGAGCAACAGUAUUCUCCUGCCAUGCCUGUCACUUAUAAUUCCACUAUCAUUUGGCUGCUAGCAGGAAUGGAGUGGGAUCGUGUGUAUGCUCGUUGGUGGGUAAUAUCCUUUUAAGAUGCCACACUGGUGAAUUUUCCCCUCCACCCCCUUUUGUUCUUGGGCCUUGUUUCCCUGUUUUGGGUUCCCAUCAAUUCCCUAAGGCCUGGGGGUGGGGAGUGUUUUUAAAAUACCACUUUAACCAACGGUAUACACAUAAUACAAAGACUAUGGAAAUAACAUUUAAAAUCCUGUGUUAGCGGUACACAUAGCGGGAGCAGGAUAGAAACAAGGAUGUGGCUUUUCCUGUCCUAAUGCUGUUGUGAUGGAAUAAGAUCUGGCAAGGUGACGGCGCCUGCUUGGUUCUCUAGUCCCGUUGCUUCCAAAACGUUCUCUUCUGUCCACCCUUUCUGUCCUGCUUCCUUUAGCAACUUGGGCUCUUGCCUUCCCAGCUGUUUGGCACUACCUCUUCCCUUUCUCAACAGCAUGCAGCCUCCUCCUUUAGGCCCUCUCUGAGCUUCUGAGACCAGUUCCUCCUUUGCUGAACUAGCUGCUUACUCUGCUCUUUGUUUCAUCAGGCCUCGGCCUGCACCAUCAACCCUUCCCUCAUGCGUUCCUGUAUUUUGAUUCACUGCUUUAUCCACUUUCUUCUUACCCCAUUAGCUGUGUGGGUUUACCUGCUUCUUGCUUGACUUGCUGCCCAAGGCAAGCUUUGUAAACACUUGUGUGGCAUCACAGCAACUUAUCCAGCACCAGAAGCUUCUGCACAGCAUCGCUUUGCACAUUUAGCUAUGAAAACCUUUUCAGAGGAGCUCACUCUGAUGCAAAAAAGGAAGUGCUGUAUGCCCUCCCAUUUCAGCUGGGCUACCCACACAUUCAUGUCUGCUAUGCUUAAAUAAUGAAUAUGAUGCAAAAUGUAGCCUGUGGUGUGUGUCCAAGUUGUCUGUACUGAAAUAAAUGGGCGUGACUUUAUGUCAUUGCAGUUUCACCCGGUCACCUGUUUUUCUCUGUGGCAGGAAAGGUUGUACCCCUUCUUAAUAACUAAUUCUCAAAACUAAGUUUAACUUAUUCUUACCAUUUAUGUGUUAAUCCUUUUUUAAAAAUCUGCCUAUGGUGCACAUAAUUCCCAAUAUCCCCUGUCAUGGACUACUUGAGAUUCAAGAGAAUCUUGAUGUACUAUUUAGUUUUUAAAAGAUAGUUAAAUAGUUUUUAUAGUUAAAUGUAAAGAUAGUUUAAAAAAACAACAACAGUUGAACGCAAGCAGCCAGGAUUAGAUUAUUGUUUUAGCAAUUGUAAUGUGCUGUGCUAGAUGCAAAAAUAUUUUAAAGAAUGAUAUCGCUUAUCUUGCCACCAUCCGCUGUUUUUUUCUUUAAAAAAGUAAUAUGAUUAAUAUUUUCCAAAAAAUAUUAUUAUUUCAUAUUUCUAAAAGCUACCUGCAGAAUGUCAUCUUGGGAUCUCAGUGGGAUCACAUUUAAAAAAAUAUUUUGUACCGUUGAAAAUCACUUUUCAAAAUUUUAAAUUUGUAACUUAAUUUUAGCAUUUAGAGUAAGUCCAUCAUGUGACAUAUUAUAGCCCAUGAAGUUCUGAAGAGAUUGGUAUUUUUAGUUUUGAAAUAUCUCAAUUCUGGGCUGAGCUUUUAAGGUUUUUGUAUAGUCUUGGGAAGGCCAAAUUUAUCAAUUUUUUGAAAUUUCAAACCCUCAUAACCCAAAAACAGGAUGAGAUAAAAAAUUAAAAACUGAGAUAUUGGACCUUCUCUUAUAUUACUUAUAAGAAACUGAAACUGAAAGCAAUAUAAAAUGGUAAGGUAAAAGUCAUUGGAUCACUUGACAUGGAAUGCCCCCUCAUAAUCUGAGACCUUCAUACCACUUGCAUAAAUAUUUGAUGUGAGAAAGGAGUCGUAAAGGUUUUUUUGUUCUUCCCGAAAGAGUUGUAAAGUUGAUGAGAGUUAUAACAAAUGUGCCCAAAUAAGACUUGCUCAGAAAGUUCUAAUAAACUGACUCAAAACAUUCCCUCUUGAAGAUGUUUGCUUGCCACAGGGAGGUGCCAUCCCUUAAUCCGGCUUGGGCAGGUCUAACUUGUACUGUGACCUGUAUAAUCACUUCUCAGGACAGCAAACAUUUAUUUGAACUCUGAUACGUUGUCUCUUUUCAGCUUUUGUCUUCCUCUCUCCAACUCCAAUUAGGAUCUUAAAUGGCAUCUAUGUUUUUGUUAAAAAACAUUUGUUUCCUUGGGUUUCUUUCUAGCCCUCUCAUGCAUCCUCAGAGCUCAAUGUGGUAGCCAUUCUCCCUUCCUAGACUUGAUAACUUUGUAUUGAUACCGGAACAAACAUGUUUGCCACACACAAUAUCUCUUAUCAUGGAUGUUAAUGAAGUGCUGCUAUUCAUUUGAUGUGCAAACAGACCAAAGCUAGAUAUUAUGCCUAACUCACAUCUGUCUGUCUUGAGAAGAGGAAAUUAUCAAAAAGUCUUUGAGAAGUCUUAGGCUGCAUACACACCAUCCAGUAAAGCAUAUUGCUUCCCUCAAAGAAUCCUGGGAACUGUAGCUUAUCCCUCACAGAGCUACAAUUCCCAGCACCCUUAACAGUUUCCAGGAUUCUCUGGGGGAAGUGAUGUGCUUUAAAGACAUGGUGUGUACGCAGCCUCAAACAACUUGAUCUUUUGGUGUUCAAAGAGCCUGAGGCAUUCCAGUGCACAAAACACCACUUGACAGUAAUCUGCUUAUUCCCUUAAAGGAAUGGGUUAUGCUGACGUGGAGAACCGUGUCCUCUGCAAGCCAGAGACCGUCCUGCGAAUUGCAAGCAUUAGCAAACCUCUGACUAUGGUUGCUGUUGCAAAGUUGUGGGAGGAAGGAAAGCUGGAUUUAGAUGCUCCAGUGCAGAAGUAUGUUCCAGAAUUUCCUGAAAAAGAAUAUGAAGGUGAAAAGGUAAAUGCGGCCAUUCACCAGCGUUAAGUGGUGGUCUGAUGGAAUUUCUUGGAUAUCCAGUCAUCUGUAACAUGUUUAAUAGUGACUAGCACACAAUAACUCUCUUGUUAAGAAGAAUGAAGGAUAUGUAAUAGGAAUAUACCUUUCUUUAUUGUGAUGGGGCACAUCCCUCUGUUGUCCUGCUGACUUUAGCAAGGCUAGUUAAGUGUCAGCAGAUCAAUGGAUUGUCAUUGACAAGUCCCCACCCCAAAUGUUGGAAAGUUUUUGUUGAUGAUAGCAUGUGAUAUCACUCCACUGUUUACUUGAGCUGAUGUCUUUUUAAAAUGUAGGUCACCAUUACAACAAGACUGCUCACUUCACAGUUAAGUGGGAUUCGCCAUUAUGAGAAAGAUAUUUCCAAAGUAAAAGAAGAGAAGGAAAAGGCCAACAGAACCCUGAAGGCUACAAAAGAUAUCACAACAUCUGACAGAGAGAAAGAAGACAAAGUCUCUGAAAAAACUGACUUUGCUAAAGCCAAGCCGGAACACGAAGGCAAACCUUCGAAAAGUGAAAAGAAAAAAACAGAGUUUGAACAUAAAGAAUAUUAUUUGAAAGAAAAAUUUGAUAAUGUGAUUGAUUCACUGAACUUAUUUAAAAAUGAUCCUUUGUUCUUUAAACCAGGUGAGUUGUACAUUUAAUCCAAACUGUUUAGUACAGCUGUGUUGUCAAUAUGCCUUAUGGAAGAUCACAUAACUUGGUUGUUUCAACAUUACUUUUUCAUUGAGAAAAGGUUUGACUAUCUUUGCCUACUCCAUUUUCAUUUUGAAGUAGGUCUUUAUUUCUAUACUCUUCCUCUUUUAAGUUUGGUAUCUUCAACUGUUUGCAUGAAAGAUGUCUAUGUCUGUUCUGUGGGGAUCUGAAGGGGAGGAAGUAAAGCCCCGUUCUUUCAUGCAGGGGGUCUCUGCUUAGAUUCUUACCAUUUUCGGGUGUGGUUGAGAAAGACCAUGGAGAGCUGCUGCCAGUCUGUGUGGACAGUCUGGAUCUAGAUGGGCAAUAGUCUGACUCUAUAUAAGGUAGCUUCCUAUGUUCCAAAGAGUGAAUAUACAGUUGCAAUCGAAAUUAUUCAACCCCCAUUGCAAAUUGGUUUAUUAUCAAAGUUUACAGACUUUCAGCUGUUUGCAAUGAGCAAAUCAAACAAAUGGAUGUUCACCACAAUGGAUGCUUCAAGUGGUCUCCCCAAAUUGAGCUGAAACUGCAACUUAAACUGGUUUCUUCAGUCUCACUAUUAUUCAACCCCCUGAAUAGAAUCCCUCACAAUAGCACAAAUACAGGUGUUCCAGCUCAAGCACACCUGAUGCAACUAAUUAAGGACUUCAUUAGUUGUACCAGGUGUGCUUGAGCUGGAGCACAUGAAAUACCUGAACUGGUUAGGGGGUUUGCUGAGUGUCAAAUUUAGCUACAUGUUAGAAAUAUGUCUAGCUCAAGAGAAUGGUCCAAGAAGGUAAGAGAAGAGAUCAUCGCCCUUGACAAACAAGCAGGAUACAAGAAGAUAUUGAAGGCACUGAACAUUCCUAGAGACACCCUUGGAACCAUAUUUCGCAAGUUCAAAGUUAAAGAAACAGUGGUUACACUAACCUGGACAGGGCAAAAAAGGCACCAACCAGAUUUCUGAGAAGUCAGGCUGGGGAAAAAUCUUGAGUGACUACAAAAGAGCUGCAGCAAGACUUGGUGGCAGCAGGCACUGAGGUUUCAGUGAGCACAGUAAGGCACAUACUAAAUGCAGAAGGUUUCCAUCCCAGAACUCGCAAGACGUACACCACUACAAAACCAAAAGCACAAGAACAGUCGGCUCCAGUACAGUGGUACCUCGGGUUAUGAACAGCCUAGUUAACAAACAUUUUGGAUUACGACCACUUCAAACCCGGAAAUCAGUGUUCCGGGUUGCAUGGGGGUUUUUUGGUAUACAAACGGACGUUUGUGGGUACCACCACGCUUCCCCGUUCUCCGAGGCUUCUCUCUCCUUUCUCAAUGAGCCUUGGCAGCCCCAUGACUCGCUGGUUCUUUGGUGAUGGUGGUGGUGGGAAAGCGGUGUGCGGUGGGUCAGGUAUGGAAGGUAGAGAAGGAGGGCCGAGAGUGGUGGAGGCAGCGGCGAGGCUCGGGCUGCAGUGCUAGCGGCCUUGCUCCCACCACCAUCGCACAAAGGCACUUUGUUCUGCUUUGAUAGGUAGCACGAUGCCUCCCUUCCCAUCAGAGCAGCCUGAUCCCAUCUCCUACUUGUGUGCAAGCAGGAGGCAGCUCGGAUCCCUCAGCUGGGAAGGGAGGCUUCGCACUGCAUAACAGGAAGAUCCAUGCCCCCUCCUGCUUGCACGCAAGUAGGAGUUGGGAUCGGGGCUGCUCCAAUAGGCAGCGUGAAGCCUCCCUUCGCAGCUGAGAGAGCCCUGCCCUGCUCCUGCUUGCACGCAGCCAGCUGAAUAGUUGCUGGGGUCAGGGAAGGUGGAGGCAGCCCGGAAGCUGCAUCUUAGAGCCCUUGCACCACCUGAAGGCAGCCAGGCGCUCCCCAGCAAACCAACAGGAAAUGAAUCAAAAUCACAAGAAAACAUAAAACCCUGACCCUGACCCUAGCCCUUAUUCUAAUCCUUACCCUAAACCUAACCCAGUCCUAAAAUUAACCCUAACCUUAACCCAGAAAUGGUCUUGUUAGAUAGUAAAAUUCAAGUGAAAUUGCUGUUUUAGGGGUUGCUUUUCAUCGUCUGGAAAGGAUUAAUCCAUUUUCCAUUACUUUCUAUGGGAAAGCACGCCUUGGUUUAAGACCGCUUCGGUUUAAGACUGGACUUCUGAAACGGAUAAAGUUCAUAAACCAAGGUACCACUGUAUGCUCAAUAUCAUAUAAAUAAGCCACAGAAGUUUUGGGAUUCUGUUCUGUAGAGCAAUGAAACAAAAUUGGAACUUUGUGGCCCCAUGGAUCAGCGCUAUAUCUGGAGGAGGAAGAAUGAAGCAUACGCUGAGAAGAACCCAGUGAAGCAUGGUGGUGGCUCGGUGAUGCUCUGGGGCUGCGUUGCAUCCUCUGACACUCAAAACUUGCAGCGUGUGGAAGGCAGGAUGGAUUCACUGAUGUAUCAGGAAAUCCUAGGAGGAAACAUCAUGCCGUCUGUGAGGAAGCUGAAGCUUGGGCAUCAUUGGAUCUUCCAACAGGACAGUGAUCCCAAGCACACCUCAAAGUCCACCAAGGCUUGGCAGAAGAAUUCCUGGAAAGUUCUACAGCGGCCAUCACAGUUACCUGACUUGAACCCCAUAGAAAAUCACUGGUGGGAUUUGAAGAAGGCGGUUGCAGAACGCAAACCCAAAAAUAUUACUGAACUGGAAGCCUUUGCUCCUGAGGAGUGGGCUAAGAUUCCUCAGGAAUGCUGCCGGAAGCUGCUGUCUGGCUAUGCAUCUCUUUUGCAACAUGUCUGCAAAAGGCUGCUCCACUAAGUACUAAAGAUGCUUGCCAUGAAGGGGUUGAAUAACAGUGAGACUGGAGAAGUCAUUUUAAGUUGCAAUUUCAGCUGAAUUUGGGGAAACCACUUGAAGCAUCUGUUGUGUUGAGCUAUUUCAAUUGCUUUGGUUUGCUCAUUGCAAACAGCUGGAAGUCUGUAAAUUUUAAUAAUAAACCUGAUUUGCAAUGGGGGUUGAAUAAUUUCGAUUGCAACAAUAUUUCAGAUAUGUAAAUCUCAGAAAUUUUUAAUAUUACGUUUAAAAGUAUGAGAAAGAGAGCAGCUUGUUAUAUUGAGAGGUGUUUAUGUAAGUCCUACACUUUUAUGUGCUGAAAGAGUUGCCUUUAUGCAGUUUAAGACCUAGAGUUAACUUAAUAAAGUACAUUUUUUCAACUCUCACAUUGUCUCAAUCUAAGUAGAUCCCUCUUUAGGGGACUAAGCACCAGUGGUGUGUAAAAUGCUCACAGCAUAAACUGUGUAUAAAAUGUACCUUUCUUCUUCCCUUCAAGGUAGCCAGUUUUUGUAUUCAACUCAUGGAUUUACUCUUCUGAGUGCUGUUGUGGAGAGAGCCUCGGGUCAGAAAUUCACAGACUACAUGCUGAAAAUAUUUAGUGACCUGGAUAUGUUGGCAACAGGACUGGAUGAUAAUGAGCCCCUUAUAUACAACAGAGCAAGGUAAACUUCCAUGCAGUCAUGUCCCGUAGGCUUGCAACAGUUGCUGUUCAUUUGUUUUGGCUUAAUAAAAUAUGUUCUUUGGAGUAUCCACAGCAAUCUGGGUUCCACUGACACUGACAGAAGCACUCGUGUAUCUUUAUAUGGCAUGUCCCCUUUGCAACAGCCUUAUUUUCUCUCAUUCACAACUGAGCAGUUAUUGGCUCCGUUGGAGUUGUGCAUAGCUCAGUUUUCCCCUGCCUUGUGCCCUCCAGAUGUUUGGGAUUACAACUCCCAGCAGCACAACCAUACUAAAGGACCCCUGGAUGGUUAAGUCCAGUCGAAAUCGACUAGGGGGUGCAGCACUCAUCUCCGCUUUCAGGCCGAGAGAGCCGGCUUUUAUCUGCAGACAGCCUUCCACGACAGGUGGCCAGCAUGACUGAACUGCUUCUGGCACAGUGGGACACUGUUAUGGAAGCCAGAGUGCACAAAAACACUGUUUACUCCCCAUGCCAUAUGGCCAUGCUGUCGGGGGCUGAUGGGAAUUGUAGUCCAAAACUACAGGCACCAGGUUGGCGAGGGCUGCUUUAGAACAAGAUGAAGAAUUAGUAGUUGGUGCAGGUAAUAAAGACACUGCCAAUUCUUAAAAUUUAGUUAAAUAUUGAGUUAAAUUCAGUAGAAACACUUUAAAGUUUGGAAUAGCCCUGAUGAAUGGUUUCCAAUAGUUCCUAUGCCUUGGGUACCCUUCUCUCCCCCCCCCCUCCAUACUGCCCAUUUAAUGCUAGCCAUUCAAUGAUCCCCAGAUGAGCAGGAGUUUUAAUUACAAAUUAUUAAGAGAUCAAAAGCAAUACGUUGUGUUAAUCGACUGCUUAGAAAGAAACUCCCUCACCUCUCACAAAAAGUAAAAAUGGCACAGCUAUUGCUGUUAGAAAGUAUGGACAAUUCCCAAGGGACAUGUCACAGGGAACAAUUUAAUUGUGGAUGUUUAGUGUUAAGAAGCUAAUAUUUUGGAAAAAUUGUUAGGGACAGUGACUUGAGGAAGAUGGACAAGCCCUUAAUUUUUAUAAAUGAAAGUAAAUCAUAUGUAGCAGUUCACAUAAUUCCAAGCAAAAUUAAGGGGACCUGAUAAGCUUAAUGUAAUGCUUCAGCAUGUCUGGGAGUGAUGCUCUAAAAUCAGAGUUCACUGCCACCUUGUGGUUCUCUUUGUAUUUAUAUAAUCCAAGGCUGUGAGAUGAUAGUACAGUGGAACCUCGAGUUGCGAACGUGAUCCGUGCGGAAGGCAUGUUCGCAACCUGCAGCACCGCGUCUGUGCACGCACAGGUCGCGAUUCGGCGCUUCUGCACAUAGCACGACUUAGUGAUUCUGCGCGAGCGCCUAAACCCAGAAGUAACUCAUUCUGGUAUUUCUGGGUUCGGCGCGGUGCGCAACCCAAAAUCACGUAACCUGAAGCGUCUGUAACCCGGGGUACCACUCUACAUACAUUUUUUGUAGUCAUACCUUUUUCAAAGAGCCACGUAAAAGAAGCAAAGUGAGUUUUGGCCUAGAUCUAAGAUCAUAAUACAGCCAAGUUAAGUGCUUAAAUUUGUUCAUACCUACAGUUCCACAGCCCUCGAAAUCCUCCAGUUUCUUAGAGUUUCCAUGGCUGGCAAGCUGUUUACUGGCAUUUUUGCUGUGUGUCUUUUAAUUCAGAAAGCUGUGAGGAAGGGUUUUCACCUAGAUUUCAAAUUUGGAGGGACCGAGUUCUGAGGCAUCUUCAUUACAGUGAAGUAGGGCUGGCCUUGAGCUUUACUGCUCAAGAGGCUCAUCAGUGUACUUGGAGGUCUAGCCUUCACCAGUACAAUGAUGUAGCUAGAGUACUGAUAGCCUUGUUUCCUUUCUGCUGUUCUAGUGCAACUUGUCCUCUUACCUUUCAUAGUAAAGCAGCUCCAUGCCAAGAUGUGGAACCAAGCAGUGGUGAAUCCAGCAAAUAGCUGAGUGGUGCUUGUUAAUUGGGCAAAGCUUCCCCAUUUGAAAAAAAAACAUUGCACUGGUUAUCACAGGCAUAGGCAAACUCGGCCCUCCAGAUGUUUUGGGGACUACAACUCCCAUCAUCCCUGACCACUGAUCCUGUUAGCUAGGGAUGAUGGGAGUUGUAGUCCCAAAAACAUCUGGAGGGCCAAGUUUGCCUGUGCCUGGGUUAUCGCCAUCUUUUGCUUUCUUCUUGCGUGCAAUUUCUGAAGUUUGCCUGUGGCACAUUUGAAUGAAAUAGUUGCUUCCUUUUCUUUGUGGAUGACCAUCCUUCUUGCUUCCCCCUCCAGGAACUACAUUCACAACAAAAAAGGCCGUCUGGUCAAUGCACCCUACGUGGACAACUCCUACAAGUGGGCUGGUGGUGGCUUCCUCUCCACAGUGAGCGACCUUCUUAAAUUUGGCAACGCUAUGCUGUAUGGCUAUCAACUUGGACAGCUGGAAAACCUCGCUGCUGGACUCCUUCCUGGCUAUCUCAAACCUGGCACCGUAGCCAUGAUGUGGAGGCCAGUUCCAAACACAAAAGCACCUGGGGACAAAGAUGUUAAAUAUGGGAUGGCGUGGAGUGUGGUGGAGAAUAAGCAGGAAUAUGGCUACUGCAGGCGGCAGCGACACUAUGCCUACCACACGGGUGGGGCAGUGGGUGCAAGCAGCGUCCUGCUCAUUCUUCCUGAAGAGUCAGACUCUGCAGCUUCAAACAGUGGCCCACUGGUGCCACCCAAGGGUGUGGUGGUCACAAUUAUUUGUAAUAUGCAGUCUGUUUCCCUUAGCAGCAUUGCCUUAAAGAUUGCAAUGGAAUUUGAACAGGAUAAGUUGGCACAGCACACUGUUAAAAGCAGCUCCUUACAGGAUUAAACAAGGUUCCAAAGGAAAUGCGGGAAGCUAUAUAUGCUGACAGGUGUCCAUAGCACUGAAAGCAUCAUAUUGCAAAGGCAUGUCCCCAUUCUAUGUUGGUUGUGCUGCAUUCAAACUCGCUACUCAGGGAAGCAGCCAUGUGGGUCAAGCAAACUCAUUAAAGGUAUUUCUCGGGUGCAAGUUGCCAAAAGUGUGAGCAGUGGUAACUUUUGCCACCUAAAGCCAAAUCUAGUUGCCAAUCACAUCAUUUCACUUCUUCAUUCUCUGAUCUUAAUUGAGAAAUUGACUUUUAACUUUCACUGUUGUAUUUGAAAGAUUGAGAGGGGUAGGGCUGGGCGAUGCCAGCUUUUCAGCAUUGUGAUGUACCAGCCAAACAUCCCGAUCUGACGAUACACCAUGAUGUUGAAACAGAGGGAGGAACAAGCUGCAUUGGCCAGGAGCUGAGGCCAAUGCAGCUUGUUCCUCUUGCCAGACACUGGGGAUGGAGGGAGUCAGCCAGACAGUGGUAGCCAAGUGCAGAGUCUGUCAGGAUCUGUACGUUUGCCUGCCUUUGCCUUCACCCAAGCAAGUAGUCACACUGUGUCUUUUCUCCUGGGAUGAAAGACCACUCUGGGGGGAAAGACACACCCCACCCUCCUGGAUGAAGGCAGCCAGGUGGUAGCCAAGCGCACAGAGCCUGUCAGGCUCCUUCCGUUUGCCUUCCCCUACACCCCAGCGAGCGUGCUGGGUCUUUACUCCCGGGUGACCGACCACCCCUGGAGGAAAGAUGCAGCUCACCCUCCCAGACGAAAGCAGCUGGGUAGUAGUCAAGCGCCCAGAGCCUGGGAAGCUCCAUUCACAAGGCUGCCUCUGCCUUCGGCCAGAGCACGGUGGCAGUUUCACCUGGCACUUUAUUGCAAGUGAAACCACCGCUGCUCCUGAGUCCCUCUGCCUACAGCACCUGGCUGCAGCUUGUUUCUCCUUCGGCACGCUGGGCACUUGGGAGCAGCAACUGUUUCACUCAGAAUAUACCGCCUGAUGAAACUGCCAUCACAGUCUGGCCCUCAUAUUGGUCUUGGGCAAUGUAUUGAUACAUCACCUAGGCCUAGACAGGAGUGGCGAAAACCCAGGGGAUGACUGCCACAGGCACCGCUUGACUCAAGUACAGUUGUGCCAAGACAGCAGGAGAGCAACAGAGGUCCAUUAAUCAUGCAGGGUUUUGGUUCUGCUAUGCCUGCUUUUGGGUGCCAGCUCUCAAUAACAGAGAGAGAAAGGCAGCAGGGACUGAGCUCCUAAGAGCAACAAUUUCCAUCACCCCAUUAGGGACAGUCAAAGGACCUCCUUCCCCUUCUUGCUGGAACAGUUAGCAGGGCUCAACCCUCCACUUCAGUAACAUUGAUACAAAGUACAGAAAGGUACUAAAUCCUGCAGUUCUGGUGGGAUUGACUUUACAAGAGACUCUUAAGUUUAUGUCGGGUGCUGCUAUUUUGCUUUUAAUAGUUUAAGAACUUGCCCACCCAGUAAUAAUUUCCUAGACUUGAAGGUAGUCGGGUGUGUGUGUGUGGAAUUUUGAUGUCAUGUUUGCCUCACAAUAGCAAAAUUGUAGUUGGUUUCAGGUAGGCAUGGUCACAAUAGGCUGCCAAUGUUGCUCCCUGCCAGUCAACACUUUACUGCGUGUAUUAUUUGUGAAGUGUAGGAAACAGCCAUUUGAAAGCUUUAAGAGAAGUUUACAUUUAUUUAAAAGCUUCACUCCUAUGUGCAUCUAUUUAGGAGUAAGCCCUGUUGAAUAUAUGAGACGAGCUCCCGAGUGAAUAUGCAUAGAUUGAGGCUGCACCGGACAUUUUUUCUUUCUACUUGCUCUUCUCUAGAAAGCAUACCCAAGAUGGUCCUUUGUUGUUGUUUUAGCCUAGAAUUCCUCUGAGAGCCUGGUGCACCAUCUUCUUCACUUUUUUAGUCAUACCUGCUAGUUGUAAGAGUGGAGUCCUGGGGCUGAUGGGAAUUGUAGUUCAAAACUUCAAGGGUAUGAGGUUCAGGAGGGCUGGUGCUAAAUGAUUGAUCUGUCACAAUGAUCCUUAUAUAAAUCAUGUUAAAUGUUUCUUUUUCUCCUGCCCCUGCCUUUUCUCCAGCAAUCUGAAAUUUGGCUGAACUAAUUAUGCUUAUGUAAAAUGCCUAUUUGGAUCCUUUUAUUAUUG